AUGGCUACAGUACCGUGUAGAGCCAGAUAUCAAAAUCCAAGUGAGAUCAAGCCAGAAGUUUGCAAAAAAAGAAAAGAACGCCACAAGCCCCAGCACUAUGACAAGCCAGUACAAGCGAGAGCUCACGAGGUUCAUGCCGUGGUAGCGCUGUACUCGGAGAUGGUAGUCGCCGUCGGAUGCGGUGACCCGAAAGCAGCGAAAGACUUUGCGGCAAUCGAGCGUGGUGCGAGCAAAUUCGCCUUCUCUAGGCGAAAAGUGUUCUGGGACGUAGUCGCUAGCUCGGUGCGCUCAGGGUUUACCAGUGACGCAGCGAUAGACAAGGUAUAUUCAGUCUAUGCAAUGCCUCGAGUGAGAACGGUGGCAACCGUCUUGGGCACGAUUCCUGUCCCUCCUCUGGAGCGACCUGCGUCCAGCCACUUGAAGUCGUACGACAAGAGGAUGAUCGGCCGUUGGGUCGCUCGAAUUAGCUCUGACAUUGUCGGAAUUCCUCGCCCGAAUUGGUGCCUUACCCCGUCGCUUCGACGUGAAGUGUGA